UUCAUCACAACAUUUAAAGACAUCACUGUGAUUGAAGGUGAAACUCUUCAUAUGGAGGUCACAUUCCUUGGCAUCCCAGCUCCUGUUGUUACUUGGAUUCUCGAUGAUCAGCCAAUCAAAACAUCCACUGAUUUCCUCGUAACCAUCGAUAAAGAUUUUAGUCGUCUUGUUAUCCCAGAAGUCAUCAGAGAUGAUGAAGGCGAAUAUCAAGUCAUUUUAGAGAACGAACAUGGAACAGCUAAAACAACUGCUUAUAUUACAGUUAAACGU